GGAAACUCCAGUCGACCAGUUCACCAUCAACCGUCGUUCCGCGAGUGUCUUCUCUCCUUUUACAGCAAACUACUUCUCUCUCACUCACACUUACACCUCCUCCAUUUCUCCGUCACUCCACCAGAUUCAACACUCGAAGAUCUACUCAGACCACCGACCAAUGAGGAGCACUGUAGCAAUCCGGUGUGAGGCAAUGCAGCAUUCUGUCUGAAGCACCAAUCACGAGGCAGAACGGCUUCGAGGCCAGCCGAGUGAUGCAUCGGCGCUGCAAGUCACCUGAUGCCAGCUGCAGCCAACACCUGGGACGAGCAGCUGAAUUCACCCGCUGUAUCAGCUGCAGCAGCUGACAAUCAGCUGACAAACAGCUGUUGACAACCAGCUGACAAUCAGCUGUUGUCGACGACUAAAAGAUGCCAUGGCCAGUCUCGUUUGGCAAUCCCCUCUCCCUAGUUUUGAUUCUGCUCUUCGUACAAGGUAGCAUAGGGCUUUUUCUGAACGCGUUAGAUAUAAAUUAUUGGAGAUGUAAAAUAAAGAGAGGCAGAACGUGUCCAGAUGCCGACGUCAACAUUUAUUUCUACAAUAGAAACGUCUCGUACUUGAACCGAGGCGACUACAACGUGUUCACGAUCGACUGGGAGCCACUGACGUUCUUCCCGUGCUACCUGUCGGCGUUGAGCAACACGCGUCUAGUCGCGCAGUGCGCGGCGCAGUUCUACUCGCAUUUGACACAUAUGGGCGCACGCGCCGAUCACACGCACUGCGUCGGACAUUCGUUGGGCGCGCACGUUUGCGGCAUGAUCAGCAACCAUCUCACCACCAAGAUGUACAAGAUUAUCGGUUUGGACCCGGCACGUCCUCUGGUGCACCGAUAUGGCAACGAUGCGUUCAAGUUGACACGUGACGACGCACACAUAGUACAGGUGAUUCACACCAAUGCAGGCCUAUUGGGUGAGACGGCCCAGGUCGGUCACGUGGACUUCUGCGUCAACGGCGGACGUAUGCAGCCCAGCUGCACACGCGAAGGACGCCGCAUACGUCAAGCACGUUGCAGUCACUUCAUGAGCGCUUGUUUCUUCGCGGCAACAGUCAGCAACCGAGGCAAGCGUUUUGUCGGCGUUCCGUGCACUUCCUCCUGUAGACCCCUUUUGCCCUUCGGAUAUGCCAAGACUGUGUCUAUGGGCGAACACACACCUGAUGAUGCUAGAGGGACAUUUUGCUUGAGGAUGGCGGAUAACAAGCAAUGUCCUUUCGACUAAUUUCCGGCUGAUGGAUGAACUUUGAUGAAUGAACUGACUCUGGAGAUGAUUAAAUUUGUAACCAUUGAAAUUGAAUGAGAAAGUGUGAUAAUUCGUGAAAAUUAGCAAUAAAUUACAAUAUAGUGUGCCAAAAUUUUGGAUAUUUAUGUUUUUUAAAUUCAUAAUUUGUUCAAGAUCAUGUGUCGGUUGCACAGAAACCUGUCUAAUUUUAAACUGUGUUUAAUUUCAAGAGUAGCCUACCAAUCAGAGAAGCCUUCUUUUCAAAAUAGCCUUCUUUGAUUGUUUCUCGUAGAUUUAAUCAUGAUUAAAAAUUAACAGGUUUUUGUGCAACUGAGCUCAGUACAUUAAAAAAACAUUCUUGUUUAUAUGCUCAUAAUUAUUUUGCUAGUACUAUCAUAGAGAAACAAUAGCAUUAGCUAUUACGAUUUUGUUUCUCUAUGGUACUAUUGACACUAUUAUCAUAGUACAAAGCUGCAGUUUUUGUCACGUCUUCAUGAAUAUUUGCACACAUAAAUAAAUAUCGGAUAAUACCAGUGACUGCACACAUUGGAUUGAGUGUAUAUUAUGGCACACUGAUAUUAUAACUACUUGAUAUUAUUGUGAAGUACAGUGUAUUUCCUUUAAUACUGAUUAAGAUUGACUUGACUCUCUUAGUAAUAUCAUAGAUAAACAAUAGCGUAAUUGUGAUAUUGUUUCUCUAUAGUAAUAUUUUUCGAUCUUGAUGAUUAUGAUUUUAAUGUGGAUCAAUAGAGUUCCAUUGAUCAGUUGAAUUUCUACAGUAGAAAAAAACUGGAAUCAAUCAAGAUCCAAAAUGGUCAGUUUGUUUUUCUGAGAUAUUUUUAUCACAUCUUGUACAUUGUAAUAUUGUUAUAUCAUUUAUUGUUUAGAAAAGCUCAUUAUAUGAAAAUUCUACAAAU